AUGAGCGAGCAGCCUCGGCCAAGCAUUUCCGACGAGCGACGGCGGCUAACGAAGAAGUCCGGACCCCCAGCAUCAAGUCACGAUAGCAGCGCGCAGCACACCCUCCGACGAGCACCAUCUGUGCCCAUCCAUACCCGCUAUAGCGCGCACGGGACUUCAUACAACCGCAGCCCGACAACCGACGCGAGCAAUUGGGCAGCGGGACAGAACAGCAGAGCGUACGGCGCCAACCGUCAACCGCGCCUUUCGGUCACGGAAAAGACGUCUUCAGAUCUACUGGGACAGAGGUUCGACAGUGCGGCGGUCAUCAGCAGUUUCGACGCCGUCCCUUACUCCCCGGACCCACCUCCUGCGCAAUUUCAAGCUACAUCUUCCGCAUCCUCACACGGUCAAUCACUGAGCUCCGGGCCAGCAUCUUCGCACUCGCCGCUUUCCACUUCGAGCACACAACCUCGUGAAGGUAACUCUCUUGCGCCCGCGAACCCAGCAGUGCGGCUGUCGCAAAGCUUGGCAGCGACGGGGAGGAAGAUGGAGGACAUCCCUCCCGCGAGGAGCGACUUGAGCGGGUUGCGAAGUCCGAGGCAGAGAUACAGCGACGAAGCGAAGGAGAGCAAGGCGCUGAAGAAGAAGAGUGGAUUGUCCGGCUUCUUCAACCUGUCCACGCCCCGCAGACCUGCCAUAUCGGCGCCAGAGAAUCCUGUACACGUGACGCAUGUCGGCUAUGACCAGGAGACUGGCAGAUUCACGGGCCUUCCGAAAGAGUGGCAGCAGACUCUGCAAGCCAACGGCAUCACCGAGCAAGAACAGAAGAAGAACCCUCAAGCUAUCAUCGACGUCGUCACAUUCUACAAUGAGAACCAAGGCGACACCAGCAGCGAUGACUAUACCUACCACAAAUUCGACCAUGCUCACGUCAGCGAGAGCCCGCAGAUGGGCCUCGCACCGCAGAGCUUUUCACCCAGCGGUCUCAGCCCCGGAGCAUAUGGCUCGGUACUCAGCCCGCCAGCGAGCCCUCGUUUCCCUAAGAAUGAAGGCGAGAGCUUCGAGAACCCGAGGGCACCACCUCCGGUACCGAAGGGCAUGCAAGGGCUUGGACUCGCGUCUCCGAUGGGGUCGCAGGCCAACGGUGGGAACAUGCUGCCAAUGCGUCCCGCGCCGCAAGCACCAGGGGCGCCGAACCUCAUGCCACAACGAGCGGCGCCACCUGUACCCGGCCAGCAGCGCGAGCGAGCAGGGACAGAGCAAGGACUGCCUCCAGUAAAGUACGCUCCACCCACCAUCACCGACAUGGCAUCGAAUGCGCAGCAAUCGCAAAGCCGAAGUCGCGCGAACACUGGCCCCGCACAGCAGUAUCAGAACCCGUCACCCAUCAGCUCCCCAAUAGCAUACCAACAGCAGCAAGAGCAAGCGAUGAAGGCAGCACAGCAGGUAUUGAAGCAGCAAUCAGUCGAGCGCUCCGCCUCCCAACGGGUAGGCAACAGCGCCUCACAGCAGCAACAUGCGCCCAUGCCAGCGGGUCAGGACUCAAGUCGAGGUCCGCAACCACGCCCGAGGCAGAGACCGCGGCAAUCCAUUACUAACGCGGAGAUUAUCACCAAGCUGCAAAACAUCUGCAACCCGCAGGACCCAACGAAGAAGUACCGCAGCCUCGUCAAGAUCGGCCAGGGUGCGUCAGGUGGCGUGUAUACAGCAUACGAAGUGGGUACGAACAAAUGCGUAGCCAUCAAGCAAAUGAACCUCGAGCAACAGCCGAAGAAAGAUCUAAUCAUCAACGAAAUCAUGGUAAUGCGAGACAGCAAGCACAAAAACAUCGUCAACUUCAUGGACAGCUUUCUCGUCAAGGGCGACCUAUGGGUGGUGAUGGAGUACAUGGAAGGCGGCAGCUUGACCGACGUCGUCACCUUCAACAUGAUGUCCGAAGGCCAGAUCUCCGCCGUCUGUCGCGAAACCCUCCACGGCCUGCAAUUCCUCCACUCCCGCGGGGUCAUACACCGCGACAUCAAAUCCGACAACAUCCUCCUCAGUAUGGAAGGCGCCAUUAAACUGACCGAUUUCGGCUUCUGCGCGCAGAUCAACGAGAACUACGCCAAGCGCACCACGAUGGUGGGGACGCCGUACUGGAUGGCGCCCGAGGUGGUGACGCGUAAGGAGUACGGGCGGAAGAUCGAUAUCUGGUCGUUGGGCAUCAUGGCGAUCGAGAUGAUUGAGGGCGAACCGCCGUACUUGACCGAAAGUCCACUGAGGGCGCUGUACUUGAUCGCGACGAAUGGCACGCCGACGAUCAAGGAGGAGCAUAAUCUGAGUGGCACGUUUCGGGAUUUUUUGCAAUUCGCGCUCAAGGUGGAUCCGGAGAAGAGGGCUAGUGCGCAUGAUUUGUUGAAGCACGGGUUCAUCCAGAUGGCCGAGCCGUUGGCGACGCUCGCUCCGCUUGUCAAAGCCGCGCGGCUGGCGAGGGCGGAGGAGCGGCGUAACAAGGGCAACUAGAGAUGGGGCCGCCGCGCUUGCUCACCUGGCAUAGACUGCUUUCUUUCCGAAACGCAUGGUAUGGCGUGACGUGGCGUGGCGUGGCAUGGCGUUGCGUUGCGGUACCUCCGGUUUUAGAGCCACGACGGCGCUUGUGUGAGUGGGAUCUCUUAUGUUCGGAACGAAACCACGAAAGCGACUGAGCGUUUUGCUGCCUGUACCAACAAGGCCAUCAGGGCCAUCAGGGCGAUUCGGCGCAAUGAAGUCUUGGACGGCGAAAUGAGGGUGCGACUGCGACUUGGCGCGCGGUACAAGAACAUCACAACUUGAAGCUGGCUGAUCUGCCUCUCUCCCUAACAG